AUGAAACGCCACCACGCAUCCUCUGGUAAGAUGGGGGAGACCACUGGUGGAGGACCAGCAAAAAAAACCUUUAAAUCACAAAAUCAGCAAGGGUCUUCCAGCAAAAAAAAGGGAACAGAUGAAGAAGGAAGAAAACAAGGUCAAAAAAGAAAGGUCACUCAGACAGUCAAAAGGAAAGCUAAGGAACACGGAGACUAUUCCCCUCCAGGAGAAAAAGGUUCUUCAAAGAAGGUGAAGCUAACCAGCACUAAAAUAGGAUCUUGGCAGACUCUCUCAGAGAGCACUAGGCAGUUUCUGGAAACUGUAAUGGAUUCAGCAAUUCUAUCUGUUUUGUGCCAACAAAGUGAGAGAAAAGGUGAUGUUCAGAAGCAUCUCAAUUUACUGAAAGAAAAGGUGCUGAGAUUUUUCAAGACUUUAAAGGUGCCUCCAGGGAAGCUGGGCAACCUGAAGAAUGUCCCAGGCCUUCAAAUGGCAGAGAAACAAAUGCUUGAGACAAAUGAAGAGUCUUUGGUACAAUUGCAGGAAGAAAUAAAUGAAGCUGAGCGAUCAGCAGAACACAUUGAAGAAACUAUACAACAGCUGCAGUACAAAAUCCAGGUGCUCAAGAACCAGUUAGAGGAAGAUGAAAAAAAGGCCAGGAAGGUAUUCCAGGAAAAUGGCAGUGGAGCACUCCACCUUCCAGAACUCCCCAAGCGCAGUUUACAGGCACCCACUUUGCAGGAAGAAAUUUUGAAGAUAAAAAAUCAGAAAGGCCUUUUAAAGGAUAUGAACACUAUUCAGCAGUCAGCUGACAUGAAGAACAUGUUAACCCUCAUUGAAAAGAUCUAUGAGAAGGUAGACUUCCUCUGA